AUCCAAUCACUGGUGUCCCCUGAAGGGGCAUUGGAUGAAGCCAUCUCAACCUCACUCACGACACUCACUCUUGUCUUCAUGACAGCUCCAUAACACUAUCCUCAAAUCACAAAAAAUGAGAGGGAUCUCACACUUCCCCCAUUCAAAAUGGCGCCCACAUACAACAUCGCCAUGGUCAGCGACUUCUUCUACCCGCAACCAGGCGGCGUAGAGAGCCACAUCUACCAGCUCUCAACCAAGCUCAUGGACAGGGGCCACAAAGUCAUCAUCAUCACCCACGCCUACGAAGGCCGCACCGGAGUCCGCUACCUCACCAACGGCCUCAAGGUCUACCAUGUUCCCUUCCUCGUCAUCUUCCGCUCUGCCACCUUCCCGACCGUCUUCUCCUUCUUCCCCAUCUUCCGCAACAUCGUGCUCCGCGAGCGCAUCGACAUUGUCCACGGUCACGCCAGUCUAAGCAACUUUUGCCAUGAAGCCAUCCUCCACGCUAGAACCAUGGGUCUUCGGACUGUGUUUACCGAUCAUUCACUGUUUGGCUUUGCGGAUGCAGCCAGUAUCCUCACCAACAAGUUGCUAAAAUUCACCCUGAGUGAUGUAGAUCAUGUCAUUUGCGUGAGCCACACCUGCAAAGAAAACACCGUCCUUCGCGCCUCCCUCGACCCCCUCAUGGUCUCGGUCAUCCCCAACGCCGUUGUAGCCGAAAACUUCAAACCCCUCUCCCCCUCUGAAAACCCCUCCUACCCACCCCCGGCCCGCCCUUUAGGUCCCCACGACAUCAUCACCAUCGUGGUCAUCUCCCGCCUUUUUUACAACAAGGGCACCGACCUCCUCACCGCCGCCAUCCCCCGCAUCCUCGAAAACCACCCCAACACCCGCUUCAUCAUCGCCGGCUCCGGGCCCAAAUCUAUUGAUCUAGAGCAAAUGAUUGAGCAGAAUGUCCUCCAGGACAGGGUGGAGAUGCUCGGUCCGAUUCGUCAUGAAGAGGUGAGGGACGUGAUGGUACGAGGACACAUCUAUCUCCAUCCGUCACUGACGGAGGCGUUUGGGACGGUGAUUGUGGAAGCGGCAAGUUGCGGGUUGUAUGUAGUCUGCACGCAGGUCGGUGGGAUCCCGGAGGUCUUGCCGAGUCACAUGACGGUGUUUGCCAAGCCGGAGGAGGACGACCUGGUGGCUGCCACGGGGAGGGCGAUCGCCUCGAUGAGGGCGAACAAAGUCCGCACAGAGUUGUUUCACGAGCAGGUGAGGGAGAUGUACAGCUGGGAGAAUGUCGCGGUGAGGACGGAGAGGGUGUAUAACGGUAUCUGCGGCGCGAUUUCGGAGGGGGAGUUUUAUGGGUAUUAUGAGGGGGAUAAUGCGAAUAAUAGCUGGAGCGCGACGAGGGGGCGGUCCGGGGUGCAGAGUUUUGCGUUGAUUGAUCGGCUGAAGCGGUAUUACGGGUGCGGGAUCUGGGCGGGGAAGCUGUUUUGCUUGUGUGUGAUUGUGGAUUACUUGCUGUUUUUGUUUUUGGAGCUGUGUUUUCCGAGGGAGGUGAUUGAUGUUUGUCCGGAUUGGCCGAGGAAGAAGAGGAAGGAUUUGAGUAGGGAGUAGGGGAGUUUUUUGUUUUGUUUUUUUCUAGUCAAGCAGGUGUUUGGUGGGAUGGGUUUGUGUAUUUUAUGUGGAAUUUGGUAUAGAAUAGUAACACCCCAGUAGGAAUAGGAUUCUUGUCAUGCUUGCUGACUAGGUAUGCAAGGCAAGUAUGAAUCCCCCUUCUUUGCACCACCACUAUCGUGUAUGCUAACAUUUUCUCCAGAUGGUCAAGAAGGAAGGGAGGAAAAAAAACAACAUGGGUAUCAUCUUCACUCUCCCCACCUCAACCACUCCCCCUAUUGCUGCCUAAACCCAUGCCCGCCCCCCAUCCCGUACGGCCUCAACAUGCUCAGGCUCUGCAUAAUCACGCUCAGCUCCGCCCUCUCCUCCUCGUCCCAGUACAUCUGCCCCUUUGCGAUGCUGUUCUGCCAGUCCCCGACCAUGUUCUGGAUAUCCCUCAGCAAGUCGUCCGCCUGUGCCAUGUUCUCAAUCGUCUUUGGGUGCGUUGACCAGUGGGACUCCUGCGCGGACCAGAUCUUCAUCCGGAGCUUGAACAAGGCGCGGAGGAGCUUUAUGCACCGCUGGACCUCGACGGGAGAGGCUUUGGCCUGC